GUCAGAGCUGGAGCUCUGAGUCAGUCGCACGAUGAGAGCAGCGGCGCUUGCAUUGUUCUAUCUGGCUCUGGUUCUGGGUGUGCUGUGUGGUCCCGGGGCACUGGCCAAGCGGUAUCUCCGCUGUGAGCUGGCCCGCAAGCUGCUCGAUCAGCACGGGUUCGAGCGUAGCCUUCUGUCCAACUGGAUCUGUCUUCUGGAGCACGAGAGCGAACUGGAGACGACUCGUACCACCACGAACCCCAAUGGAUCCCGAAGCCUGGGCCUGUUCCAGAUCAACAGUCGGUACUGCCAGGAGGGCAGACGCGGUGGCAUCUGCAACGUGAAGUGCGAAGAGCUGCUCGAUGAGAACCUGCGCGAGGCGGCCGUCUGUGCCAGGAGGAUUCAGACUACGGACGGGUUUCGUCACUGGAGUGGCUGGCAGCGCUACUGCCGCAACACCCAGAACCUGCCCAAUCUGAAGGUCAUCUGUGGCAUCUAGGAAAUGGCUGUACUAAAAGGGGCAAUACAGUGCGACUCGCUAACAUAGGAACACAAUUUAAGAACAGAGAAAACGGGAGGGAACAAUUUGCUGUUGUCGGGCUGUGGAGUAACCCAUUUGUUUUUAUUUUCUGUCGAACCUUUUUCAUGAAGGUGCUAAAAUAUUCCCUUAAUAUAAUUCAUAAUCUCCGAAUAAAUAACACUAUGUAUUAAAUAAAUACGCUGAAAUGGCCAUUACUUUAAUGAUAUAUUUAAAUAAAUAUGUACGAAUUUUUACACUUA